AUAGUUUUCGAAGAGGCCCUUACAGAUUUACAUGUCAUCAUUAAGAAACAGAAGCGGAGCCUUACAAUGCCAUUAAUUGUUCGUUGUGCUCGGGAUGUUCUGAGGGGUGUGGAGUAUCUUCAUGGCAUCAAGGUUGUGCAUCGAGACAUAAAGCCGGCGAAUAUUUUGGUUUUCAAAGAAAUGAAACUCAAACUGGGAGAUUUUGGUCUUGCUCGUGAAUUUUCAGAUGACAUCAUGACAGUGAGAAACGAGGUUUCUACACUUUGGUAUCGUGCACCAGAACUGAUUAUGGGAGCAUCAACGUACAAUUCCAAGAUAGAUGAAUGGUCUGUAGGGGUUUUAAUCCUUGAGAUGCUG